UCCAUAUUCAAAAUUUGUAUUAUCCCUUCAUUUGAAAAAUAAUAAAUAAUUCAUAUAACUAAUUUCCAUUUUCUUAUUUUUUUCUCCUGUCACCUGUAAUUUUGCUGACAGAAAGAAAAACAAAAAUAAAAAUGGAGCUCAAUCUGCUUCACCACCCACUCAAGCCCAAUCCUUUCCUCAGCCACUCUGUUUCUACCCUCGCCGUCGUUGGGCAGCGAAAACUUACAUCUUAUUUGUUAAUUUCAGGAAAGAGAUACUCCUGUAAUAAUGCAUCAAUCUUGGGAUGCCGCUGUUCUUUGCCGUCGCCGGCGGGCCCUGUUCGAAGUUCCCCUUCGGAGAACGAGGGAAGAAGGGCACUAAUGGGUUAUCUCUUCGCAGCAGCUGCUGGGAUUUCAUUCUGUGAAGCUGCUCGUGCUGUGAGCACAAGCAGAAGAGCUCUUAGAGGAGCCAAAAUACCUGAAAGUGAAUUUAAAGCCCUCCCGAAUGGUCUAAAGUACUAUGAUUUGAAAGUUGGCGGGGGACCUGAAGCUGUCAAGGGAUCUCGGGUUGCAGUUCAUUACGUAGCCAAGUGGAAAGGCAUCACUUUUAUGACCAGUAGACAAGGUUUAGGAGUUGGUGGUGGAACGCCUUAUGGAUUUGAUGUUGGUCAGUCUGAGAGAGGAACAGUUCUUAAAGGAUUAGACUUGGGAGUUGAAGGCAUGCGGGUCGGUGGCCAGAGGUUGCUAAUAGUACCUCCUGAGCUUGCUUAUGGGAAUAAAGGUGUGCAGGAAAUUCCUCCUAAUGCAACAAUUGAGCUGGACGUUGAACUACUGUCGAUUAAGCAAAGCCCAUUUGGCUCUCCUGUUAAAGUGAUCGAAGGAUAAUAAUUGGCUUUUGUUCAGGCUAGCGAUUCUCGGUGAACACAUUACAUUAAUGAUGCACAUAGUUUCCUUUAAAGUUAUUGACAAACUGGAAAAGUUGUCUCAUUGUGAGGAGUAUGCUAUUCUAUUUGAAAAAAAAAAAUAAUAAUAAUAGAAUGUAACGAUUCUAUCCUACUUGUCGAUUGGUGCUUCGUAUUUCUAUGUGUCGAAUUCUGUGUUUUGUAUUCUUUGUGGUUAUGAGUAGAUUUUGAAUUCUAUCGAACUUUUAAAAUUAUAAUCAUUUGACCAUUUUAAACUAUAAAUAUAUU